GGUUCCCGCAGCUGGGUUCUGGCUGCACUCGCAUGUGGCCCAGCGCCGGCACUGUGGGCUCAGGUUCUGUCCCUCCUGCAGGACUCGCUACAUCAGCACAGAGCUGGGGAUGCGGCAGCGACUCUUCGUGGGUGUGCUGACCUCCAAAAGCACGCUGGGCACAUUGGCGGUGGCUGUGAACCGCACGCUGGCCCACCGCUUGGAGCGCCUGGUGUACUUCACGGGCACACGGGGCCGCAAGGUGCCCCACGGCAUGACGGUGGUGACCCACGGUGAUGAGCGGCCCAUCUGGAACGUGUACCAGACUAUCCGGUACCUGCUGGAGCACUAUGUCAAUGACUUCGACUGGUUCUUCCUGGUGCAGGAUGACACCUACACUGAGGCGCACCGCAUCAACCGCCUGGUGGCCCAUCUCAGCAUCGACACCCAUCUCUACUUGGGCCGCCCCGAGGAGUUCAUUGGCGGGGACACCGAGGGACGCUACUGCUCUGGAGGCUUUGGGUACCUGCUGUCCCGCAGCCUCCUUCUGCGCCUGCAGCAGCACCUGGAGUCUUGCCGCAAUGACAUCCUCAGCUCCCGGCCUGACGAGUGGCUGGGACGCUGCAUCAUUGAUCACACGGCAGUAAGCUGCACCGAGGAGCAUGAGGGCCUACAUUACCAGUAUUUUGAGCUGGGGAAGAAUGUAGAUCCUGAGCAGGAGACUGACCUCCGUUUCCAGAGUGCAUUCACUGUCCACCCUGUGCUGGAUCCUGUCCAGAUGUACCGGCUGCAUAAGUACUUUGCACAGGUGGAGCUGGAGAGGACAUACCAGGAGAUUCAGCAACUCCAGCUUGAGAUCCAGAAUGCCAGCAGCCUGUCUGCAGACGGGGACCACAGUGCCAUGUGGCCUGUCGGCAUCCCUCCUCCAUUCCAGCCCAAAACUCGCUUUGAGGUGCUGCGCUGGGACUACUUCACAGAGGAUCAGGUCUAUGCCUGCGUGGAUGGCUCCCCCAAGUGCGAGCUGCAGGGUGCGGACCUAGCUGAUGUGGCUGAUGUGGUGGCCACAGCCAUGGAGGAGCUGAAUCGCAAGUACCAGCCGGUGCUGCACGUCCGCAAGCAGCAGCUGGUGAAUGGCUACCGGCGCUUUGACCCCACGCGUGGCAUGGAGUACACGCUGGACCUGCAGGUGGAGGUGGUCACACAGAAGGGUCACAGCCGCUCUGUCACCAAGCGCGUGCACCUGGUGCGACCCCUCAGCGAGGUGGAGAUUAUCCCCAUGCCCUAUGUGACGGAGGCCAGCCGCAUCAACGUCAUCUUGCCACUCACUGCCCACGAGCGGGACCAUGCUGCACGCUUCCUGGAGGCCUAUGCGGCAGCUGCCUUCGAAAGCAGUGAGAACGCAGUGCUCACCUUCCUAUUCAUCUACGAUCCGUUCGAGGCCCAGCAGGUGACCCAGAACGAUAUCUUUGCCCCUGUGAAGGCCCAGAUCACAGAGUAUGAACGCAAGUAUGCUGAGGUGAAGAUCCCAUGGAUCAGCGUGAAGACAGAUGCCCCCUCCCAAAUCAAGGUCAUGGACAUCAUCUCCAAGAAGCAUCCUGUGGACACGUUGUUCUUUGUGGCCGGUGUGGGCACAGAGGUCACCAUUGACUUCCUGAACCGCUGCCGGAUGAACACCAUCAACAACUGGCAGGUCUUCUUCCCCAUACACUUCCAGGGCUACAACCCUGCAGUCGCCUACCACAACCAGGCACCACCUGCCACGCUGGACCUCCUGCGGGAUGCAGGACGCUUUGACCGUGAUGUCUUCCAUGAGGCCUGCUUCUACAAUGCUGACUACAUGGCGGCACGCACCCGCAUGGCAGGUGACGUGCAGGAGAAUGAGGACAUCCUGGAGACCCUGGACAUCUAUGACAUGUUCAUCAAGUACUCCAACCUUCAUGUCUUCCGGGCUGUCGAGCCUGCCCUGCUGCAGCACUACCGGCACCAGGCCUGCAACCCGCGGCUUAGUGAGGAGAUCUACCACCGCUGCGUGCAGAGCAGUCUGGAAGGUGUUGGAUCCCGCUCCCAGCUGGCCAUGGUACUCUUUGAGCAGGAGCAGGGGAACAGCACCUGAACCUGGGGCACAGAGGUGCUGGCCCUGCCUGUCUCACUAUCUGCCCCACCUGAUCUGCUGCCCCAAAUCUGUCUUCCUCGUUCCAGCAUGGCGGUCACUUUUGCUGCCGAUGCUCCCUAAGCAGAGCUGCCUGCCAGCCUGGGCUGGUCCCGGGGCGGCGGCAAUGCUGCAGAGUGUGGGGUGAAGCUGGGCUGUAGCUGCCGAGCUGCGUGCUGGGACCCCCAGCUCCUCACCCCAGCACUGCCUGCUGCCACCUUGCUCGCUGCUGGCCCAGUGGGGAGGAGGUCCUCGCUUUGUCCCAUGAACCGCUCCACACUGAGUCCCUGUGGCAGAGUUGUGACUGCUGUGAGGGACCAGCUGGGACUGGGGCAGAUCCCACUCUUCCUUCUUCCCCUCCUCCCCCCCAUGAUGCAGGGCUGUGCCUGGUGCUCAUUCAACUCCCUUGGCCAGGCCCUCAAGGCACCCUGUGGCAAAAGGCAGCAUCAGCCCUGUGCCGUGGGCAGGGCUAUGUCCUUGUGCUGCUGCAGCCUGGAGCAGCGGGGUGGGCCCGUAACAAAGCAAUAAUGAGGUUGGAUUUAGCAUACGUCACGUGGCAAGGAGAUAGAAGCUUGAGUCUUCCAGGCUGCCAGCAAGUAAGCUGCAGCCCUGGGGCUUCGGGAAGUACUGGAGGGCUCCUGCCGUGUUUCCAUACUGUGAGCUGCUCCCCAUGGGAACCCUGACCCGGGCCGCCUUGGCCUUCGCAGUAUUGAUAGGACGCUGGAGGUCACAGCCCUCUGACAAGAGCCGUCCCUGCCUCGGGGAUGUGGCCUAUAGGCCAUGCUGACCCCCUGAGUUCCCCCUGGCCCUGCUUGCCUGGGUGGGGGGAAAUGUGGUAUCCAACAUUCCCAUCCCUCCCUAAACUGCUGGGCUCCAGGGGAGGUUCAGCUACGCAUCUCCUAAGGAGAAAGCGACUGAGGGAGCUGCUCCGUGCUCCUGGUUUGUAUUUAAUAGUGGGGAGAGGAGGGGGGGAUGUUUACACUAAUAAAAGAGAGAUGAAUGAG